AGCCAGUGUUUUUCAUGAGGUGGCGAAAGGAGUAACAAGCUGGAAGGCAGCAGUGCGAAAUAUUCGUGAACAUUUUACCAAUUUCCGGCCAGCUGAUUAUGCUAGCGUAAGGCAUAACCCUUUCCCGUCGCCGCUAGCGUACCAGUGUUACCCGUGUGCUGUAGAGAAUCUUGCCAGCUGCUCAAGAAAACCGUACCCUUAUCAGAAAGGACGAUCGACGACAACAACAACGCGGAACGAAACUACCUCCGCGCGCACCUCCCAUUCAAGUCAUAGCCGAUUCGAACGACGACGGUGAAAUAUCAUCAUGUUCCGACUAGCGGUUACGUCACGGUUCCUCUGUCAGCAGCUUGCCCGGACGGAGCUGGCCACCAGUGGCAUGCGGGCGCUGCAAUCUGCCACCAGCGCUUCCGCGUUCACCAGCACCAGACGGACGGCACACACGACGCAUGGCAUUAGCAGUGCAAGAUCGCUGUCCACCUCGCAGCCCAAGUUGCAAAGCGAAGAGGUGGAAUUAACAUUCGUGCGCGCCAAUGGAGAACGCGUGAAGGCGAAGGGCAAGAUUGGAGACUCACUAUUGGACGUCAUCGUUAACAACAAUAUCGAUUUUGAAGGAUUCGGCGCUUGCGAAGGAACGCUAACGUGCUCCACGUGCCACCUAAUCUUCUCGAAAGCGGACUACGACCGUCUGCCGGAAAAACCAAGCGACGAGGAGCUGGACAUGCUGGAUCUAGCAUACGAGCUGACCGACACCUCCCGACUCGGCUGCCAAAUCACACUGUCGAAGGACCUGGAGGGGCUCGAGGUGCGUGUACCGGCCACUAUCAACGAUGCUCGCAGCUAAGGGCGUUGCUCCUGCUCCGGUGCGCAUUCCGAGUAGUCUUCUAUCGCCAGUGAACAAACUCCGAACGCGCCUCCUCCGCGGUAGCUUUUCGAUGUAAGCAGCAAGUGCAACAGCGUCGCUACAACAUAUCGCUAAUGUUAUUGCCUAUCGUUUUGUUUUUAUUUUUGUAUUUGUGUCCCUUCCUUGUUGUAAAUACGCUCAGCAAACACGUAACAGAUUCACCGGUUCUAGGGCUAGGAGGAUAUAGUUGUAUAAAAUUAACCAUACCGAUUUAAUCGAGUCUAUAAGCGAUAAAAAGAACGAUUCGUUCGAGGUGCUUGAGCUCGGCGCGAGAAGAGCCAAUUAAGUUUCAAGGCCAAUUAAUUAAGUUUCAAGGCCAAUUAACGGAACAGAAAGAGCAAUCCGAUUCUGUUGAGGAGAGGGGCAUCUUUUGUAAAGCACGAUAAAGCUGCCAAGUUUCGAUCCGUGUUUCAGGAUGCAUAAUGUAUGUUACCACUGUUCCAAUAUGGAUAAGUGACAAACAAUAGAUCAAAUUGUGCUGUACAUAAGGUGUGGUUGGGAAGCGACAGGCACGUGUUAUUUUUCAACAGGGACAAAUGUUAAAUAUAAUAGAUUCGACAUGGGUAGAACAAAAUAAAACUGCAAAACGCGUUUUACAAACUGCAAUAUCUAAAA